UUCCAAUAUGAGGAGGUGUUUGUUUACCUCCCAUCCUUCCUCAUCGUAUCUAAUCAAUAGCGUUUGCGGGUAAGAACACGGGAUAAGGAUAACCUGAAUGAAAAAAGCCUUAAUUCUUAAAAUGAAAAUGUUCAGCUAUUAAAAGGUAAGGGCCGGGUGUGGUGGCUCGUGACUGUAAUCCCAGCACUUUGGGAGACCCAGUCACAUACAUACGUAAAUGUAAGGGCUUGACGGUUGGUACUACCCUCAACAACUCCCAAAGGGUGGAAGAGCUAUUUGGGACUUCCUUACUUUUGUGGGGGGAUAAGUGGAAGGUUGGGAAGAGGAAGAAAUGACUUGGAAGGCAGGUGUCAACACAGGGGAGAAAUCUGAGAAAAACAAUGUUAGGACAUGUUAUAUAGGGGAGAGCUGAACCGUCAAGACAGAGACCCCUGGCGUUUUCCGCUGAAAUUGAAAGGAGCCCAGUGAGGCGUGGGAAUCAAGGCCCGGAAGUCGGGGGAAAGCGCCUGAAGAAACUGUUGAAUGGCAUUUCGAGAACGGAUCAGCAGCCGCAUCUGUGCAAGGAAGGUUGGCAUUGUCCCCUGACGGGGGCCUAAAGGGUGAGGGGCGGGUAAGCUCCUCCUGGCUAAGGAAGAACUGUUCCGGUUAACACCAAAAGUCCCACAUCCCUGGAAACCCCUCAGUCCUGAGUAAACCAGAACGGAUGAUUACCCUAUCAAGCCCCACAGUAUCCCCAGGUGGCCAGCUGUAUCCAGCAUGCUCCAAGGCCACAGCUCUGUGUUCCAGGCCUUGCUGGGGACCUUCUUCACCUGGGGGAUGACGGCAGCUGGGGCAGCUCUCGUGUUCGUAUUCUCUAGUGGACAGAGGCGGAUCUUAGAUGGAAGUCUUGGCUUUGCUGCAGGGGUCAUGUUGGCAGCUUCCUAUUGGUCUCUCCUGGCCCCAGCAGUUGAGAUGGCCACAUCCUCUGGGGGCUUCGGUGCCUUUGCCUUCUUCCCUGUGGCUGUUGGCUUCACCCUUGGAGCAGCUUUUGUCUACUUGGCGGACCUCCUGAUGCCUUACCUGGGUGCAGCAGAAGACCCCCAGACGGCCCUGGCCCUGAACUUCGGCGCUACGUUGAUGAAGAAGAAGUCUGAUCCUGAGGGUCCCGCGCUGCUCUUCCCUGAGAGUGAACUUUCCAUCCGGAUAGGUAGAGCUGGGCUUCUUUCAGACAAGAGUGAAAAUGGUGAGGCGUAUCAGAGAAAGAAAGCGGCAGCCACUGGCCUUCCAGAGGGUCCUGCUGUCCCCGUGCCUUCUCGAGGGAACCUGGCACAGCCCAGUGGCAGCAGCUGGAGGAGGAUCGCGCUGCUCAUCUUGGCCAUCACUAUACACAACGUUCCAGAGGGUCUCGCUGUUGGAGUUGGAUUCGGGGCUAUAGAAAAGACGGCAUCUGCUACCUUUGAGAGUGCCAGGAAUUUGGCCAUUGGAAUCGGGAUCCAGAAUUUCCCCGAGGGCCUGGCUGUCAGUCUUCCCUUGCGAGGGGCAGGCUUCUCCACCUGGAGAGCUUUCUGGUACGGGCAGCUGAGCGGCAUGGUGGAGCCCCUUGCCGGGGUCUUUGGUGCCUUUGCCGUGGUGCUGGCUGAGCCCAUCCUGCCCUAUGCUCUGGCCUUUGCUGCCGGUGCCAUGGUCUACGUGGUCAUGGACGACAUCAUCCCCGAAGCCCAGAUCAGUGGUAAUGGGAAACUGGCAUCCUGGGCCUCCAUCCUGGGAUUUGUAGUGAUGAUGUCACUGGACGUCGGCCUGGGCUAGGGCUGAGACGCUUCAGACCCCAGGAAAGGCCAUACGAGGAAACAGCAGUGGUUGGCUUCUAUGGUACCACAAGCCUCUUUCUUCACAUUAAAACUUUUUUUCCUAUCUUCUUCAUCUCAUUAUCCUGAUUGACUCUGAUUAUAAUAGAACCAUUUUUACUUGGCUUUGAGGGAGAUUUUUGAUUUAAUGGGGAAUUUUAAGGUGGCAUGGAAAUACAGAUUCUUUGUUUUGGCCACUGAAUGGACUCUCUCUUCAGUGGGAUUAUCAAGGAACUCCAGAUCAGGGAAAUCUCUGCUUUGGGAACUUCUAUCUCCCUCCCAACUCCUCAAGGUCACCUAUAGAAGCGAGCUACCUUCUAUCUCCUAAGCAUUUUGGUGGCCUAGUGACUCAGGGCACAGUGGCCAGCACACCUCUCAUCCGCCCCUCCUGCUUCAUCACUGCUGAGCCUUUACCCAUCUAGAAUGCUGGAACUGGAGCAUCAUAAAGAUAGCAAGCUACCUUCCAAGGCUGAGCCAGCCCAGAGAGGAACACACCUUCCUCUACCUCCCCCCAAGGAGAUACUACGUGGGAGGGAGACACAGACAAAGCGAAGGAAACUGGCUAGUCUGGCUUUUUUUUUUUUUUUUUUUUUUUUUUUUUUUUUGGCAAAGAUUGACAUUCUUGAAGGAAAGGGGAUGAGGACAACUGUGAACUCACAGUGAGCCUUGUGGAAAGAAGACAGACAGAGUGUGGGUUUGAUCGGAAGCCUCUGCCGUCAAUGGAUUCCAGGAGCAAGGCCAUUUGUCGCGCUUUCCAAAUUUCUUAGGCAUUUAUUUUGAUAAGUUUAUAGCCAUCAUUUUUCUAAGAGACUUGGAGACACCAGCAAACUGCUAGAACUCAAACUCUUCAAUUACUCAAAGAAGGAGCCAUUUCAGUUAACUCAAGUGAAUGAAAGACUUUUGGAAUCUGCAGUGGGUCCUUCCCUGUUGACCAUUUGGUAACUUGUAAUCUGACCAGAACCUCUUGAGCUGCAACAGGCCUUGCCAGAGGGCUCAGGAUGGGAAAGGAAGAAGGGGAUGGGAAAAGAAGAGGUAAUUUUACAUUUCCACCCUAAAGUAAAUUUUAGCCAACUCAUCAUUCUGAAAUGUCCCUAUAAAGAAUGAGUCAAACUAGACCAAAAGCCAGCCUACUCCUUCUUACAUAGCUUCUCCAACAGGGGUAACACUGACCUGUCCACUUCAAACACAGAUAAGGCCUGCCGUCCUCAUUGGUUAGAGGAACACGUGAGACUUUGAGUGGGCUCUGCUGAGAAGGCAGGCAGCCCAGGAGCCAGGUAUGCAGGCAUUGCAUUGUCAGUGUCUGCUCUCAGAGUUUACACAUUCAGUUGCUUCCAAGGCUGAAUCUCCUGCUCUGUGAAUGCUCUCAGACCCCAAAGGCCAACCUUGGGCUGGGUCUAUGUAUGUUCUUCCAAAGCACUGAUGAUCAAAAUUGAAGACAAAUUCAGAGGUUUGAUUGGUUGAGAUUAACUGGUGUGGUGGUUGGUGUAUGUAUGUUUUAUUUUUAUGUCUUUGUAUGUAGUUCUACAUAAUGCAAAUUGUGCUUACUGAUGGACAAGACCUCAUAACUGUGAUUAAUAUCAAUAAAGGGGAUGUUGUGGAUGA